AUGCCGCCUGUUUCUGCAUCGAAAGCUAAGCGCCAAGCUGAGAAGGCCGCCAAGGCCGCAGCCAAGGGCGAGAAAACUGGAUCGUCGAAGGACAGCGUCUCGACCGGCAGCACCAAGGGCUCGAGCUCUACCAAGGGCACGAGUGUGGACGAAGAGGGCCCGAUCACGGACAUGAAGAAGCUGGCCAUCGCCACGGAACGUAAUGCCUCAGGUGUGAUUGUAAGUGACAAACAGAGCCGUGACUUGCACAUCGAGAGCUUCUCGAUGUCGUUCCACGGCCGUCUGCUGAUCGACAAUGCCACGGUGGCUCUUAACUAUGGUCAGCGCUACGGUCUGCUGGGUGAGAACGGCUCCGGUAAGACGACCUUCCUUGAGGCCCUCGCGAACCGUGACGUCGAGAUUCCCGAGCACAUUGACAUUUACCUCGUGCGGGGUGAGGCCGACCCGUCCGACGAGAAUGCCCUUGACUACAUCAUCAAGUCGGCGCGUGAAAAGGUCGCGCGUCUCGAGAAGGAAAUCGAGGACAUGUCCGUGGCCGACGAUGUUGAUGACGUGGCCUUGGAGCUGAAGAUGGAAGAGCUCGAUGAGCUCGACCCCAGCACGUUUGAGGCUCGUGCCGGAGCUAUCCUCAAGGGUCUCGGUUUCUCGCAAGCCAUGAUGAGCAAGCCUACAAGCGACUUGUCUGGUGGUUGGCGUAUGCGUGUGUCGCUCGCGCGUGCACUGUUCAUCAAGCCACACCUGUUGCUGAUGGAUGAGCCGACGAACCACUUGGACCUGGAGGCCGUGGUAUGGCUCGAGGCGUACCUGUCGACAUACAAUCAUAUCCUGGUGCUGACAUCGCACAGUGCCGACUUUAUGGACAAUGUCUGCACGAACAUUAUUGACCUGACCAUCCAGAAGAAGUUUAUCACGUACGGUGGUAACUACUCGAUCUAUGUGCGUACCAAGUCGGAGAACGAGGUCAACCAGAUGAAGGCAUACCAAAAGCAGCAAGAGGAAAUUGCUCAUAUUCGCAAGUUUAUUGCCAGUGCGGGUACGUACGCCAACUUGGUCAAGCAGGCCAAGUCGAAGCAAAAGAUCAUCGACAAGAUGGAGGCGGCCGGUCUCAUUGAGCCUGUCGUCCAGCCCAAGCAGCUGCGCUUCAACUUUGAGGAUGUCCGCAAGCUGCCACCGCCCAUCAUUGCUUUCAAUGACGUCGGCUUCAGUUACAGCGGCAAGGAAGAGGACUUUUUGUACAAGGACCUGAGCUUUGGUAUCGACAUGGACAGUCGCGUAGCUAUCGUGGGUCAGAACGGUACGGGUAAGUCGACCCUGCUCAACCUCAUCACCGGUAUGCUCCAGCCUGUGGCCGGCAGCGUCCAACGCCACUCGGGUCUCAAGCUCGGCAAGUACUCGCAGCACUCUGCGGACCAGCUGCCCUACGACAAGAGUCCGCUCGAGUACAUCGAGUCCAUGAACAAGGAGAAGUUCCCCGACAAGGAUGUGCAGUUCUGGCGCGCUCAGCUUGGCCGCUUCGGUCUGUCGGGCGCGCACCAAACGGCGCCGAUCCGCACGCUCUCGGACGGUCUGCGUAACCGUGUCGUAUUCUCGCAGCUUGCCAUGGAGAACCCGCAUAUUUUGCUUCUUGACGAGCCGACGAACCAUUUGGAUAUGAGCUCGAUUGAUGCGCUAGCCAACGCCAUCAAGGACUUUGAAGGUGGUGUGGUGAUUGUCUCGCACGACUUCCGUCUGAUCUCGCAGGUGGCCAAUGAGCUGUGGGAGGUCAAGGAUCGCAAGAUUGUGAACCUGACCAAGCAAGACAUCAGUAUCCAGGACUACAAGAAGAUUCUGAUGAACAACAGUGCCGAGGCCAUGGAGCGUGCCAAGCUCACGGCCAAGACAUCCUAA